UAAUCGUGGGCUGGCGGCCGGUUGGAUAACAUGCAUACAGUCAUACACCAAAUAAAAAACCCUUGACAUCAGUUUUCUCCCACAUGUUUCUCAAUUUUAUUUUUUUUCGUGAAUGCAAAUAAAUCAAAUAAUAAUGAUAUGUAUCAAAGUCCAACAUAUAACUUCAUUAUUCCAAGCAAGAUCCAAUGAAGAUUUAAAUCUCUGAACUCAUAAAUAAAACCAAGAUACCAUUUGUUUAUAACGGAAACUGCAUACUUUGUUAAAUAAGACAACCAAAUAUUCAGGACACUUUGUGCUUUGUUUCACCUGGUCCACCACUUUGACCACAUCUUGGAUACAAUUUGCGUUUGUCUUUAAUUAAUGGCAAGUGAGAAAAGCAAGAUUUUGGUCAUAGGAGGAACCGGGUACAUCGGAAAGUUCAUAGUCGAAGCAAGCGUAAAGGCUGGCCACCCGACCUUCGUUUUGGUUCGCGAAUCCACUGUUGCGGACCCCGUGAAAAAUAAGCUUGUUGAGAGCUUCAAGAACUCUGGGGUCACUCUUGGUUACCACCACCCGUCAUCGCCGCCACCAUAUCGGCACCACCCCCGCUACCGCCGCACUCCACUACCACCUUUCACCUCACCACCGCCGCCCCCAUUACACCACCAUAUCGCCCAGGGAGAUUUGAAUGAUCAUGAAAGUUUAGUAAAGGCAAUGAAGCAGGUCGAUAUCGUAAUUUCUACCGUUGGUAAGAUGCAAAUACCAAAUCAGACCAAAAUUAUAGAUGCUAUCAAAGAAUCUGGGAAUAUUAAGAGGUUUUUACCAUCUGAGUUUGGAGUAGAUGUGGAUCAUCAAUCCGCGGUUGAGCCAGCUAGUAAGACAUUUGAUGAAAAGAUUCAAAUCCGUAGAGCAAUUGAGGCGCAAAGGAUCCCAUACACAUAUAUUGUUAGUAACUGUUUUGGGGGCAUCUUCCUGCCUAGAUUGGCUCAACCUAUAGCUGAAGCUACACCUCCUAGAGAUAAAGUAACCAUACCCGGUGACGGCAACCCCCAAGCUGUUUUUAAUGAAGAGCAUGACAUUGGUACCUAUACAAUCAAAGCUGUAGAUGAUCCAAGAACAUUAAACAAGAUUCUUUACAUUAAACCCCCUAAUAACAUCUGCUCUUUAAAUGAACUUGUUUCCCUAUGGGAGAAGAAGAUUGGGAAAUCCUUGGAGAAAACUUAUGUUCCUGAAGAACAAAUUUUGAAACACAUCCAAGAUUCUACAUUUCCGAUGAAUGUUGCGUUAGCGAUUAGCCAUGCAAUUUUCGUGAAGGGAGAUCUGACCAACUUUGAGAUAGACUCGUCAUUUGGUAUUGAGGCUACAGAGCUCUAUCCGGAUGUAAAGUACACUACUGUUAAUGAAUUCCUUGAUCAAUUUGUUUGAAA